CCCGGCACCCGGCCGCCCGCAUGGCUAGCUUAUGCCCAAAAUAAUUACACGGAAACUGUAUUCUAUUAAACACUGCCUGGCCCGGCUAGUUCCAGCUUCUUAUUGGCUAGCUCUUACAUAUUGUUCUAACCCAUUUCUAAUAUUCUGUGUAGCCCAUGAGCUGGCUUACCAGGGAGGAUCUUAACCUGCGUCUGUCUGGAGUGGGAGAAUCAUGGCGACUCUCUGAUUCAGCUUCUUUUUCCCAGCAUUCUCUUCUGUUUACUCCACCUACCUAAUUUUCUGUCCUAUGAGGGCCGAGGCAGUUUCUUUAUUAUUAACCAAUGAAAGCAACAGAUAAGAUACAAGACCCAUCCCCAUCACUUUGUGUGAGCAGGUCAGAUGCUGAUGACACAGUUGGCAGGCAACCCACACGUGCGCACACAGGGGGUACAUGCUUUAGAACCCGGAAUUACAGCCUGUCCCUUUAAGAGAGAAGCUCUGCCUACCCCAAAUCUCCCUUUUCCUGUGGAGGAUAGAAAAAGCGGUGGCGCAGGCGGGCAACGCAGGCCAGGCUGCAAGCUGCGGCCGGGACCGGAGGGGACUGGCACGGUGGCAGAGGACGCAGGCGGCAGGGACCAGUGCGCAACACCGAGAGCAGAUCGCCCCACUACAAUUAAAUCAAAGAGAGGCAGAGUCACUUGCUGAUCCCAGAGCUCAUCAAUUCAGCUAAUCUAGCAAGACAGCUUGCUCCAGAGAUCCUGUGUCCAUUUCUAGCAUGUUGAGAUGAUAGUGCCAGUAAGAGCUUCACUAAGGUACUCCUAAAACUCUUGCCUGGUGACUCAGCUGAUGAGAAGGGGACCUCCAGCCAAUCCAGUUCAGCAUCAUGGCCUCAUCAUGGGUGGCAGAAUGGCAGGAUGGCUACAUGGCGAGUUUGGUGUUGGUGCUUCUGUGGUGCAUGCCCAUUGCAGGUGGGCUAGAAGUGGAUAUGGCAGGAAUGACACAGAUGGUAUUCCUACAUGACAAUGUCACCAUAACCUGCAAAAUCCCUGGUUCCCCACGACUUGACAUCGACACUGUGGGAAUCAUCUGGUUUGUGAAGAAUGAGCUGAAUAAAUCCGAGGUCAAGGUAUUUGAGUUUUAUGGAAAUCACACAGAGUCAUUCCGACCUGGAGCCACGGUGCCACUAUUGGGGCUGGAGUCAGGAGAUGCCUCACUCCAUCUGCCUGAGGUCCAGCUGUGGGAAGCAGGAGAAUACCGAUGCAUGCUGGUAGUCACUCCUGACAAAGCAGAGGGAAAGACCAUGCUAGAAGUUGUGGCUUGCCCAACCAUUAGAUUAUUUGUGAAGCCAUCUACAGUGAGAAAUGAUGAAGAGGAACAUAUUAUAUGUGAGCUAGAUGGAUUCUACCCAGAAGCCUUUAGCAUAAAAUGGGGGAAGUAUACCCUGAAGGAUUCCCAGUUCCAAGAAAUUACUGAGGGCCAUGUCACUGGUCCCACGUUGAAGAAUGAUGAUGGCACAUUCAAUGUUUCCAGCUACUUGACUCUGAAGCCAUCUCUGGAAGACCAUGGGACUACCUACCAGUGUGUGGUGCUGCACAGAUCCUUGCUUGUCCCCAAGAGGCUCAAUGUCACACUGUCUGAGGAAGGAGCCAAGGAUGUGCGCUAUGCCUUUUUGGCCUUUUUGGUUCUACUGUUUCCUGCAGCUUACGCUCUUUGGAGAUGUUUCAAAAGGAUGUCAAAAAUUUGUUUGAGGCAGGCGCCGGCAGACGGAGCUGGGAGGCGCAGGCAGGCAACGACGGCUGCGGCCGAGACUGGAGGGGACUGGAGGGGACUGGCGCGGUGGCAGAGGUCGCAGGCGGCAGGGACCAGCGCGCAACACUGAGAGCAGAUCGCCCCACUACAAUUAAAUCAAAGAGGAAAAAGAAAGGGAAGAAAAAGAAAUAGAAACUUCUUGAAAAAGAUGCGAAGUGGAGAAAGUUACCUACACCCUGGAGAAAACCAGUUAUCAACAGUGGAUUCUGACUAGCUUGUGUGCGUUCAUGUGAAGGCCAGAAGACAACCUGGGCUACACAGUGAGAUCCCAUCUCAAAAAUCUAAAUAUUAACAAAAACAACAAUUAAUAAUACACUAAAAUAA